GACAAGAUGAGUUUUCAACCGUUGUAGCACUCAUAUUGGUUAUUGCCGGAUGUUAUUUUAUAAGUUAAAAAUAAAAAUCAUUUAUGCAUGCCUUAACUCUCUCUCUUUUUCUCUAUAUAUAACGUUCUAAAUACUCCUUGUUUCAUCCUCAGUCUCCUCCUUCAUCCUUUUGAGCCCAUAAUCAAAUAGUAACCAAAGCCAUGAGCAUAAUCCAAGACUGGCCUGAGCCUAUAGUCCGUGUCCAGUCCUUAUCCGAAAGCAACCUCCAAGCCAUACCAAAACGCUACGUCAAGCCUUUAGCUCAACGUCCAAGCUUACCAUCUCACAAACACAACCCUCGCACCACCGCCAUCCCCAUCAUUGACUUAGGCUGCUUAGACACAGACGACAUAACUCUACAGGCCAAAACGUUUGAAGAGAUCUCGAAAGCAUGUAGAGGAUGGGGAUUUUUCCAAGUGGUGAACCAUGGGAUGAGUCCUCAGCUCAUGGACCGAGCUAAAGAAACAUGGAGAGAGUUCUUUCAUCUUCCCAUGGAGCUCAAAAAUAUUCAUGCUAAUUCGCCCAAAACUUACGAAGGUUAUGGAAGCCGACUUGGCGUAGAGAAGGGUGCUAUUCUUGAUUGGAGUGAUUACUAUUAUCUUCACUAUCAUCCUUCGUCUUUGAAGGAUUACACCAAGUGGCCUUCUUUGCCUCUUCAUUGCCGAGAAAUAUUGGAGGAUUAUUGCAAGGAAAUGUUGAAAUUGUGCGAGAACUUGAUGAAGAUAUUAUCGAGAAACUUGGGGUUACAAGAGGAUAGACUUCAAAAUGCGUUUGGUGGUAAAGAGGAAGCAGGAGGAUGCUUAAGGGUUAAUUAUUACCCAAAAUGCCCUCAGCCGGAGUUGACCCUCGGCCUCUCUCCGCACUCCGAUCCCGGAGGAUUGACCAUUCUCUUGCCGGACGAACAUGUUGCCGGUCUUCAGGUCCGUGGAUCCGACGACGCUUGGAUCACCGUCGAACCAGCUCCGCAUGCUCUCAUCGUUAACAUUGGUGACCAAAUUCAAAUGCUGAGCAAUUCAAUAUACAAAAGCAUAGAACACAGAGUGAUCGUGAGCCCUGCCAAGGAGAGGUUAUCAUUAGCAUUCUUCUACAACCCAAAGGGCAACGUCCCGAUCGAGCCAUUGAAGGAGCUAGUGGCCGUCGAGUCACCAGCUCUCUACACCUCCACGACCUACGAUCAAUACCGCCAAUUCAUUCGUACGCAGGGUCCACGUAGCAAAUCUCAUAUCGACGAACUUAAAUCCCCUCGAUAGUAGAACGUGCUUAAUUACAUUUACCUUAUAUAUAAUGAAGUAUAUGCUUCCUUUUUCUGUUAAUUAAUGAACUACUUAUUGUGUUGGUAUGUGAGGAUGUUUACAUUAUGUUAAAUAAUGAAAUAUGUUUUUUUUCUUCUUUUGUGGUC